UCUAUCCUUUCUCUAUCUGUAUAACAUUUGAAUAACCUAAUGUUUAGUUGCUCAGAGGUAUUUUUCAAUAUAGAUCAUGGUUAUUUGGAAGGAAUUCUACGAGGAAUGGAAAGUGGAAUAUUGAAAAAUACUGAUUAUAUGAAUAUAGUUCAGUGUGAAAAUCUUGAUGAUAUGAGGGUUCAUUUACAAACAUCAGAUUAUGGCAACUUUUUGGCUAAUGAACCAAGUCCUCUUGCAGUUUCAACAAUUGAUGAAAAAUUAAAGGAAAAAUUAGUAUUAGAAUUUCAAUAUUUGAGGAAUCAAGCUCUAGAGCCAUUAUCAACAUUUUUAGAUUACAUCACAUAUUCAUAUAUGAUUGAUAACAUUAUUUUAUUAAUAACCGGAACCUUGCAUCAACGACCAAUAUCAGAGCUUAUAUCAAAAUGUCAUCCUCUUGGAAAUUUUGAACAAAUGGAAGCCAUUCAUAUAGCCAGUACCCCGGCUGAGUUAUACAAUGCAGUUCUUGUUGAUACUCCUCUUGCUCCUUAUUUUGCUGAUUGUAUUUCUGAACAAGACUUAGAUGAAAUGAAUAUUGAAAUUAUUAGAAACACUUUAUACAAAGCCUAUAUUGAAGAUUUUUACAAAUACUGUCAGAAGCUAGGUGGAACCACAGCUGAAGUUAUGACAGAAAUAUUAGCAUUCGAAGCCGACCGAAGGGCUUUCAUAAUCACUAUUAAUUCUUUUGGAACGGAAUUGACUAAAGAUGACCGCAUCAAGCUUUACCCCCGUUGCGGUAAUCUCAAUCCCGAUGGGUUAAGUUUGUUGGGUAAGGCGGACGAAUACGAACAAGUCCAGGCGGUGGCCGAAUAUUAUGGGGCUUACAAGCCGUUGUUCGAUGGAACAGGUUCCAAUCCGGGCGAUAAAACUUUGGAGGAUAAAUUCUUCGAGCACGAGGUACACAUGAAUAUCCUUUCUUUCAUGAAGCAAUUUCAUUUCGGCAUUUUUUAUGCCUACGUCAAAUUGAGGGAACAAGAAACCCGAAAUAUUGUAUGGAUCGCAGAAUGCAUUGCCCAAAAGAAUAGGACCAAAAUAGAUGCCUACAUUCCGAUCAGAUAAAUAAAAUCUAUCAAUUUUAAAAUAAUUUUUAAUGUUUAUCGGGAUAGCUUUCUUUGUUUUAUUUAACAAUCGCGUUAUAAUAUAAUUAUGGUAAUAUAAUUAUGUUGUAUGAUACAUUUACAUUUUUAUGAUCUUAUUUAACUUCGAAUUUUUUUAAAAAAUAUUUAUUCAAAAUUACUUACAAACUAUCCAAUAUUUAUAUUACUUCCCUAAAUUAUUUUACAUGUUUUUAUUUAUAAUCUCACAAAGCGCCAUUCCGAAAUUCAACUAAUUUAUAUUCUUUAAACCCGAGUUUAAAAGAUUCUUACGUUAUUUAUAUGUAUGAAAAUAAUUACAU